UAUACAUUCAUGGUCUUAAUUUUUACUUUAAACUUGAGAAAGUCACAAUUCUAUAGAUUCGAUCGUGAUAUUUUAAUUUAUUUAUAAAAUAACGGAAACUUUAUAUCAUAUCAAAAGUCCCUGUUCUGAUAGAGUGAAAUAGCAAUAGCGACAUAUUACUGAAGUUAUUUACACAAUGGAUUUAAAACAAUAGAAUAAAACUGUUUAAAGAUAUCAAAGAAGAAAAUGAAAAGUUUUACGUGUAUUUCUAUACGAACUGGAAUAUUUCUAAUUCUAGCACUGGUUGUAGAGGCGGGAGAAUACUGUACCAAUUACGACACUGGACAAACAGAUUAUUGUUCAGGAUAUUGUUGCUCUACAGAGGACGACAGCUGUUGUAGCGACUGGGGAUGGAUUGCAGGCGUCGUGGUCGGUUGUAUAGUUUUUAUUGCGAUUGUCGGCACAAUAAUAUUCCUUGUAUGCCAAAAAAUGAACGCUAAGAAGGCGCCAACUGUGCACGUGCAGAUGUCAAAUAACCAACACACCUCUUUCCAGAGUAACAACAGAAAUACUCGAAGACAGCCAAAUUACAAUAACCAAAACGCCAUGUACACAAAUAUGUCGGCCAAUACGUAUUUACCCCCGCCGCCGCCGUACAGCCAAACCUACACCCCAGCUCCAGCAUACAACCCAAAUCCAUCGUAUCCAGCCCCUCCCCCGUACCCUGGUUCACCUAUGCCAGGGUCUAACGUGUAUUCUGGAGGCAACAACGCAUUCCAGCCGCCACCGCAGACGCAAAUGACAUCACAUGCGCAAAAUACAGGUGACAUCGCAUACCCACCCCCUCCAGUGUCUUAAGGAACUAAAUUUUAGAACACGUUUUUAUCAUAUUUUUUAUAUAUCAAACUUUCUGUGAAAUUGAUAUGUAAAUAUGUAACGUAAUGUGUAAUAACUCUUCGUAUAUAAAUAUGAAGUAAAUUAUACGGAUUAUCUUCCCUUUAUAUACAUUAGUGUCUUUUUUUUUUUCAUUUUGAAAUUAUUAAACUACAUGUAGUUGAAUAAAGGCUCUCCUGAGUAUUUUAUCAUUUUUAUCCAAUGAGUCUAAUAAAUCUAAUGUGGAAAGACACAAAUGUAAUAUUAUUUCUAUUACAUGUAAGUUAUUCCUGCAAAAACUUUUUUUUCUUUCUCUACCUUUUACAGACCAAGUAAAUUCAAUCAACAUAAUAAUUAUCCUAUGCUUGAAACGACGUUAAUGUCAAAUUUUACAUAUAUUACACAAGUGUAAAACCAAAUUUAUGUAAUGACUUUAGUUGGCUCCCAUGACAAUUCAAUGGUAAAGUUUACUGUGACGUUACUGCUGUAUUGAUAUUCAUUAUGAAAAGAUACGUUAAAGUGACAUAGGACCUUGUUUUUGACGUCUCAAUUUUGGAUGUGAAAUAAGAAAUGAUAAUAUGCAUUCAAAUACUUUCCAUUUUCAAAUGUUUUAUCUUUUCAUUCAGAUUCUAAAUUCAAAAUGUAUUGAUUUCAUUUUUUUAUUCACUUAUGAAAUACAGUAAUACGGUGAUGUAUGAAAAUUGUAAUCCGUGAUUAUUGCUUAAGUUUGUUUUGUUAUCUGUUCUUCUUUAGUGCAUUUAGUAUAAGUUGGUUGUGUUCAUAUAUUCACACACUGUUUUUAUGAUUUCUUAUCUCGUUUUUUAAACUAUCCUUGUAAAUUUCUGGGCUGGCCCAGAUCUGAUUUGUACAAAAAAUUUGAUUUUAAGUACUAUAAUUUUCAAAUAAAAUAUAUUUCUCAUA